AUUUAUAGGUGACAUAUAUUCAAUUUGGAGAUAAUCAAAUAUCUGCUUUCCCCUUCAGAAAUUAAAAUCAGCAACAUGGCUUUUCAUGUUGCAGUGAAGUUUCAGCGUUUCGUCUUAUUACUAUGUCUGCAAUUAGUCUCUGCAAAAAUGGCGGUUGCUGCUUCCCGUCCAAUAGCGAAGCCUGGUUGCCCAGACAAGUGUGGGAACGUUAGCAUACCUUAUCCAUUUGGUAUGGGUGAUGGUUGUUUCCUAGAUCAAUGGUUUCAAAUACUAUGUAAAAAGAAUCACCUCGGUCACCUCAAGCCAACAACGGUCUUCAGUGAUUAUAAUGUCUCAGAUAUAUCAGUACUCGACGGCUACAUGACGACCGAUGUCUACACUUUCACCAAUUGCUCCGGCAACCAGACAAAAAAUUAUGGUUACUGGUCGCCCCAUCUGCGCAAAUACUUUAAAUUCACUAUCUCUACAACGAGAAACAAGUUCAUAGCUAUCGGUUGCAACACCUACGCGUAUUUAAAACAAAGGGGGAAUGUAUAUACUGCAACAAAAUGCGUGACAACCUGCAGUACAUCAAAAGAUGCCAGAACUGAUGGGUCUUGCACUGGUGGUAUCGGCUGCUGCUACUCCUCCAUUCCAACUGGAUUAACAGGAUAUGGCAUAGAAGUUAAUGCCCGUGAUGAUUUGCCUAAAAUUGAUACGUGUAAAUAUGGGUUUUUAGCUGAAGCAAAUUCUCUUAAAGUUUCCUCGUCAUUUAUGAAGGAUCUCAAAAAUAGUGGAACUGGCAUGGUUCCGGUUGUGGUAGAUUGGAGUAUCGGUUACGAGACAUGCGAUGGCGUAAUAAAUUCAACGCUAUAUGCAUGUGGACCUCAUACUGACUGUAUACAAAGCACUGUUUCAGGGUAUCGCUGUAGUUGUAAAAGUGGAUAUGAAGGGAAUCCGUACUUCAACGACACCAAGAGCGGUGGUUGUCAAGACAUUAAUGAAUGCCUCGUAUUAAGCCCGUGCGGAAAUGGAUAUUGCUCCAAUGAACAGGGGAGCUAUACUUGUACUUGUCCAGCUGGUACAAAUCCAGGACGAAGCAGUGAUCAAAAAUUUAUUUGUACGCGUGAAAGACGAACACUUCCGGUAUAUGUGGUUGUACCAUUAGGUAUUGGAGUAAGCAUAGUCAUAUUAUUUAUGGUUGCAAUGGGCUAUUGGUUAUACAUUAGAUUUGAGAAGAUAAAGCAAAUGAAACUGAAGGAGAAGCACUUCACAAGAAAUGGAGGUUUGUUGUUAAAUCAAAAGAUCACUUCAAAUACGGGUAGAGUUGAAAGGGCCGCCAAAAUCUUUGUAGCCCAAGAACUGGAGAGGACAACAGAUAACUUCAACCCAAAUAGAAUAAUUGGCAAAGGAGGCUUUGGUACUGUGUUUAAAGGAAUGCUAUCGAACGGUGAGAUAGUGGCAAUAAAGAAAUCUACAUUGGUGGAUGAGACCCAAGUUGCUCAAUUCAUUAACGAGGUUGCUAUUCUUUCGCAAACCAAUCACAGGCACAUUGUUAAAUUGUUAGGUUGUUGCUUAGAGACACAUGUUCCAUUGCUGGUAUAUGAGUUUGUCUCUAAUGGAACACUCUCUUACCAUCUCCAUUCAAAGGAAGGCGACAGCGAGUCAUUGAUUUCAUGGAAGGAUCGUGUAAGGAUCGCAUCUGAGGUAGCAGGAGCACUUGCAUAUUUACACUCAGACGCUUCAAUACCAAUCUAUCAUAGAGACAUAAAAACCACCAAUAUACUCUUGGAUGAAAAAUACAGCGCUAAAGUCUCUGACUUUGGGAUUUCUAGAUCAGCCCCGGUGGAUUCAACCCAUUUAACGACACUUGUGCAAGGAACCUUUGGUUACUUAGACCCCGAAUAUUUUCAUUCAGGACAGUUCAACGACAAGAGUGAUGUCUAUAGCUUCGGAAUAGUUCUUGUGGAACUGUUAACGGGAGAACAAGCACUUUCUCAAAUCCGACACGGAGAAGAGAGGAGUUUAGCAUUACAUUUCGUAAAAUCGGUGAAAGAAAACCGUCUGUCAGAAAUACUAUAUGCUCGGGUUCUUAACGAAGGAGAAAUAGAGGAUGUUUUUGUUGUCGGUAAACUUGCCGAAAACUGCUUGAAAUACGUUGGAAGGAAGAGGCCGACCAUGAAAGAAGUAUCACUAAUUUUGGGAGGGUUGCAUGAGAAACUUUCAAAAUACUCAGCCUGCGUAGAAGGUCGAACAAAUUAAAUUUAGUACAGUCGGAUGGUUCAGCAUUUAAGCUGGCAUCACUAUAUUGUGUUUGCUUGGGAAGUAAUACUCUCUUCGUCCCACGUGUGUGCAUAUAUAUAUAUAUAUAUAUGCGGGAAAUUGCGAAUUAAUAAGAAAAUAUUUUGGUUUUAA